AUGCAGAUCUUCGUCAAAACCCUAACGGGGAAAACCAUCACCCUCGAGGUCGAGUCUUCCGACACCAUCGACAAUGUCAAAGCCAAGAUCCAAGAUAAGGAAGGAAUCCCACCGGACCAACAGCGUCUCAUCUUCGCCGGCAAACAGCUCGAAGACGGCCGCACUCUUGCUGACUACAACAUCCAGAAGGAAUCCACCCUCCACCUUGUUCUCCGUCUCCGUGGAGGCGCCAAGAAGCGUAAGAAGAAGACUUACACAAAGCCAAAGAAGAUUAAGCACAAGCACAGGAAGGUGAAGCUUGCUGUUCUUCAGUUUUACAAGGUUGAUGAUUCUGGGAAGGUUCAGAGGUUGAGGAAGGAGUGCCCGAAUGCGGAGUGCGGUGCGGGGACAUUCAUGGCAAAUCACUUUGAUCGUCAUUACUGUGGCAAGUGUGGUUUGACCUAUGUUUAUCAGAAAGCUGAUGCUUGA